GAGCACACCCUCCAUCACAGGCAAUAAAAGAGGGGGUGAUGACCAGUCAUGGUCAGAGUGUAGAGUUAGUCUCAGAACAUGAAGACAAGACAGCCCAACUUUCCAUCAGUCCAAUGGGCCAGCCUCAUGGGGAGAGCUGUGCUGCUCUCUCUCCUCCUGUCUGAUCCUCUCCACGUGGCGUCAGACUCAGACGAGGAGGUGCAAGAGCCAUCAGAGUGGCAAACAUGGAAGAGGAGCAACGGUGUUUCCUACGACGAGAAGCGGGAUGACAUUGAGAGGAAGGCCAUAUGGGACGACAACAUGAGAGUGAUUGAUGAGAAUAAUAACAGUUUUCUCAGAGGGACAAAGAUGUUCACCAUGGCCAUGAAUAAAUAUGGGGACCUGACAAGGCACGAAUACAAGCGUUUGCAAGGUGCCAUGAUAAAUAGCAAAAUAAAGAAAAGAGGCAAGAAUGCAUCAGCUCGAAAGCUCCGUGCCAGUGCUCAGAAGUUAGGGUCUGUUACCAUUGACUACAGAGCCAUGGGCUAUGUCACUGAGGUCAAAGACCAGGGCUAUUGUGGCUCCUGCUGGGCCUUUAGCACUACGGGUGCCAUCGAGGGACAAAUGUUCAAGAGGACAGGUCAACUGGUGUCCUUGAGUGAGCAGAACCUUGUGGACUGCUCCAAGCCCUACGGCACAUAUGGCUGCAGUGGGGCCUGGAUGGCUAAUGCUUAUAAUUAUGUGGUUCAGAAUGGGCUUCAGUCCACAGACACCUACCCCUACACAUCAGUGGACACCCAACCCUGUUUCUACGACAGCAUUCAGUCAGUUGCCAGCAUCACUGAUUACAGGUUCAUACCCUCUGGAGAUGAGCAGGCCCUGGCUGACGCUGUGGCAACCAUUGGCCCAAUCACCAUCGCUGUGGAUGCAGAUCACCCAAGCUUCAUGUUCUACAGUUCAGGAAUAUAUGAGGAGCCAAGCUGUAACCCCAACAACCUCAGUCAUGCGGUGCUGCUGGUUGGCUAUGGCUCUGAAGGGGGGCAAGACUAUUGGAUAAUCAAAAACAGCUGGGGUACUGCAUGGGGAGAGGGUGGCUACAUGCGAAUGAUCCGGAAUGGCAGUAACGCUUGUGGCAUUGCAAGCUACGCUCUGUAUCCUAUUUUAUGAACCACAUAAGUGAUAAAGUGUCAGAGACAGAACAUAUCAUCUUGGUAUUGGAUAGGUUGUCAGAGGUUAAUAAAAAGUAUUGAUUUGGUUUAUUUGUGGGGGUGAUGGUAUCAAGUAAUCUGUUUUCUAUACUGUAUUACUCUGAUCAAUGCUAUGCCUGUAUUGCA